GAAUCCAAAACCAAAGUAGGUAAAUAGAUUAAACAUUUCCCUUGUUCGAAAACAAACAAAUUCAAUAGUAUCUGAAAGUAUAGAAAAUACACAAAGCGAAGUAUAUUAGGAGAAGGAAUAUUACAUCAAAAUGAAUGAACCAAAUACAAUUCCACACGAUUUGCAAACUGUGAAAAGCGUCCAAUCCUUGCCAGAAUGCGCCAAACUGCCACUGGACCGCAUCGACAUCAUAAAUCGAACUAUUAAGGGGCCCCCUUUGGAAAUCUUUGACUACGAUGAGACCGUAAGCUUCUCCACACUGGGAGAGGAGGAAGAAUUGGCGCUUAGUUACCUUGAUACAGACACUGGGUCAGACGACAAAACUCGGGGCCUGCUGAUGGUUCACGAUAUCGACUGCCUGAUCCGCCGGAUCGAACACAUGCAGUUGGCGAUCAAAAAACGACAGAUGGAGGCGAGCACCGAAACUGAGAGCGAGGAGGCUCAGCCGGAGGAUGAGGCCGAGGAGAUCAUUACCAAAUUACAGCGCAGGUGCAGGAAGUUGGAGGAACGGCGCCAGGAUUUGGAAAGCACCAUUAAGUCCACCGCUGCUCAAUCCAAAAAGUCAAAGGUUAAGCAGCUGAGCUGCGAUGAACAAAUAGAGGCACGAAACUUACGCCACGCCCACCACCGGCUCCAGUGCGAAAUAGAUGAGAUUAUAUGCCGAUACCGGGAACUUCGAGAAAUCCUCACCCAGAUGCGAGGCCAUCUCUGUACCAUGGAGCAUACUUUGCGGAAGCUGAGUAAGCAAUCCGAAGAGUUUCUGGAGUGGACCCAGCAAGUAUCCGCUGAACUGAAUGUGUGCAAGGAACGGUAUACCUACCUGAUCAAUGCCAAGAUCUCGAAACGGGAGUCCUCCACCACGGGCCACAGGCACGCCAUUCGGUUCGCGAAACGCAAUGCCGCCUAUUUGAGCAAAAAUCGGAUGAAGCGCGAACUGACGGAAUUUAAGGAGGAAGUCAACGAGUUGGUGGGCUUCAUGGGGGAGCUGCACAAAGAGUUGGAGCGAAAUCUGGCCAUGUUUGGCUAUAAACGGAACGUAUCCGCCCAUGAUAACUCCACCCACUUUAUUAUGACCGUAGCCGUGGCAUCAGCACUUGCGGAAAUGAUUCAAAUUUCAUCGGCUCGUAUAGAUGAUACUGCUGAAACUUAAUAUAAUAUGUACUAUUAUGUGUUGCAUUUAAUUGUUUACCAUAUAAUAAACACAAGUAUGGAUAUUUAAUCUA